AUGAUCAAUACCAAAAAUGAUGUAUUAAUAUUUAAAAAUCACGCAGAUAAUGUUUUUGAAUAUGCAGCAAGGCAAACUCAGAUUACUGAAAAAGAUUCGCUUUGUGAAGUAAAGCGCUGUGCUUUGUUGGAUGCAAAUAUGAUAGCUGCAUUAAUGUGUCAAAGAAAUUGGUUAGAUGCAGCUGAAAAGUUUGGUUGGAAGCU